AUGCCAGAUUCAUUUUUUGUCACGUCUAAACCUCGCAAACGGAAAAGGUCGGUGACGCAGGAAAGCGGGCCAUCCACAUCCAAGAAGUUCGCUAAAGGCGUGAAUGGCAAGUCAGCAACAAAAGGCAGAGGGAGAGCUAGCGGUGGGACGCCCAACUCACGGAAGAGGCGAGAUGAGGAGCUGUCGGACGAAACAGACGAAGGCGAAGGGGAGGGCAUCGACGAAAUGGACCUGCGGGCACCGGACGUGCUUCCAGACGCCUACGAGAGUGGAGAGGAGGAUGAGGACGAGACCCCAGCGGAGAAGAGGUUGAGACUGGCGAAACUGUACCUGGAGAGCGUGAAACAGGGUCUUGCGACAGCGGAGGGAGAAUUCGACGCUGCGGAGAUUGACAGAGAGUUAAUAUCCGCCCGCCUACAGAAGGAUGCGUUGGAGCAUGCAGGCAAAGUGCAUCUAUUUGUCGCGGAAUCGUACGAUUUUACGCAUGCUCCAAAGCUUCGUUUGCGGGGACACCGGCUACCCACUACUGCUGCAGUUGGUUCAACGGAUGCUCGUUGGCUGUUUACCGGUAGCAAAGACGGUUCUAUUGUGAAAUGGGACAUGUACACCGGCCGGAAGUCAUAUACAUUCUACAAGGUCCGCCCAGUGAAGGAGAAGGAAAAAGGAAAGGCAGUUGCGGAGAUUCAAGGCCAUACUGACGAGGUUUGGGCUCUGGCGAUGAGUGAGGACGGGAGAUAUCUUGCGAGUGGGGGCAAGGACCGCCGCGUAGGUGUGUGGGACGUCGAGAAGAACGAGUGGGUGAAGGGCUUUGGAGGUCACAGAGACUCAAUUUCGGCGUUGGGUUUCCGGAAAACAUCAAGGACGUCCGCAUCAUCCUCAACACAGCUUUACUCCGGGUCGUUUGACCGCACGCUCAAGAUGUUCGAUCUCUCGUCCAUGGGUUAUGUGGAGACGUUGUUUGGACAUCAAGCCCCAGUACUAUCACUGGAUGCUUUACGCGGAGAGACAGCUGUAAGUGUCGGCGGCAGAGAUAAAACCGUGCGUUUUUGGAAAAUCCCAGAAGAGACGCAAUUGGUAUUCCGAGGAGGUGGAGGCAGCAAAUGGGUUGACGACCUAGACGGGAUGGACAUCGAUGAGGACGAGGAUGGAGCCGCGGUUGUAGGGGGGAAGAAGGCGAAUCAAGCCCACGGGAAGACGCAGGAGAAGUUCGUCGAAGGAAGCAUAGAGUGUGUGGCGAUGGUCGACGAAAACACUUUCGUUAGUGGCGGGGAUAGCGGGUCCAUCAGUUUAUGGAUGACACAAAAGAAGAAGCCUGUAUUUACUCAGGGCUUGGCACAUGGGCUAGACAAAUCACAGGUGGACACAGAAGAUGUGGACAUCGUCCGUAAACCGCGCUGGGUGACUGCGCUGGGCAGUCUUCGAUAUUCGGACCUGUUUGCUUCGGGUUCCUGGGAUGGCCAGAUAUGCCUUUGGAAGCUCGACUCCAAUCUCAGGUCUUUCGCCCUCGUCGGAACCAUUGCUGCACCCGGUGUUAUCAACUCCCUUCAAUUCGUCACACCGCCAAAAGACACGCUUGACCGCAUGGAAUGGGCAUCCCGUGUCACCACACUUCCAGACGAAAACACGUCCUCGGACACCGUCAACGGGAACCGGCGCGUGAAGGCGGACACCGUUUUGAUGAUCGCCGGGAUCGGGCAGGAGAUGCGGUUCGGGCGAUGGAUUCAGAAGAAGGGCGAGGGCGUGAUCAACGGGGCUCUUAUCGUUGCUUUGCAUCCUCGGACGUUGGACUCGUAG